UCGAGGGCUCCCGAUCAAUUCGUCAACCAACGCCCCUGGAAAGCCGGACAUCUCAUUGCAAAAUUGGAAUUCAUGGCAUAAGCGGUUGUUAAAACAGUUGUGAAGCGCUUCUCUUGUCAAGUUUUUAGGGACAUCUAAACCGUUGAAACUCGAUUACCGGAAUUCCACUGCAGCGGAAAACCCAUCAGCGUACAAAAUUUUGUAGACCGGCAUAAUGCAAACUAUAAAGUGUGUAGUAGUUGGCGAUGGAGCAGUGGGAAAAACAUGUUUAUUGAUUUCCUAUACGACAAAUAAAUUUCCAAGUGAAUAUGUACCCACGGUGUUUGAUAACUAUGCUGUAACAGUUAUGAUUGGUGGUGAGCCAUAUACAUUAGGAUUGUUUGAUACAGCAGGUCAAGAAGAUUAUGAUAGACUGAGGCCACUAUCCUACCCUCAGACAGAUGUCUUUCUUGUGUGUUUUUCUGUAGUGUCACCUUCUUCAUUCGAAAAUGUUAAAGAAAAGUGGGUACCAGAAAUUACUCAUCAUUGUCCAAAGACUCCUUUUCUUCUUGUUGGUACACAAGUUGACUUGCGAGAUGAUGCCGGAACAAUAGAAAAAUUAUCCAAGAACAAGCAGAAACCCAUAACAGUUGAAGGUUCUGAAAAGCUAUCAAAAGAGCUAAGAGCGGUGAAAUAUGUGGAGUGCUCUGCAUUAACACAAAAAGGCUUGAAAAAUGUGUUUGACGAGGCAAUCUUAGCUGCCCUAGAACCUCCAGAGCAACCCAAGAAGAAGAAGUGUAUUUUACUCUGAGAGAAAAAUUGUGAAAUUGGGACAGGAAACUUGUUAAUGACUUUGAUUCAAAUGGACAAGAUUUUGAUUGUCCAUUCACAAGAGAUAGUGCUUGUUCAGAACUGAAAUUCUUGAAGUGUGGAUAAAGUGUAUUAAACAGAAAAAUAGCUGUAUAGGGUUCUCCUAGCAAACAUAUGAGGAAGAAUGGGAUAUGCUUUGUUUGCUAGAACUGUUUAGAGCAAUGAUGAAAGAGAGGAUGACAUCUAUGGCAUGACCUCAAUUUUUCACAAGGGCACAUUGUUCCUUGAGGGAAUCUUUGGUUCAACUUCAUUUGAAUCUGCUUAACUGUUCAUAUAAUUAUAUUUUAAGCUGCAGACAAAGAGCAUCAACAUGCAUUGUAAUUCUUAUUAAGUGAGGAAAUAAUUUUAUGUCGACUUUCAGUUGGAGGGGAAUGAAAUUAGACAACUAGGGUACUUUGUGAAAACUCUCAAAAGAUCCAUACUUGUGCUGUAUGUUCUUAAACAAUUUACAAAUAGAAAGAAUUUGCAGAAUUUCUGGCAAGGGAGAGUUAACUUGACAUCUCUGUCAAGUACAGUGAUUGUUACCUUCUGGUCAGUAGUUAGUUAUUGUUCAUAAAUAACCCAAUAUGACUAAUUUCUCUCACCUUUUCCCCAGUAUAGUGCAAUUUUCUGUUGAGUAUUGAAAGGUAAUCCAAAUAUUUUUCUGCUUUAAAAACUGGACUUGAAAACUUGCCCCACCUUCUUAGGCAGUCAAGCCAAGACCAAUUUACUACUUCUUUUGCUUUGAGUUUUCACUGGCUUGGUACGAUGUCAAUCUUCCUUAUGAUAUGCCGCUGUGAUUGCUUUGGUUUUGAUUUCAUGGCACUUAGUGGAUAUGUUCCAUUUUGAGUAAAGAAAUUGUGCUGUUUACAUUGUUGGCUUGCUAGAGAGGAGAUCCUCUUUUGAAAUAACAAAAUUCAUGCUGCACUUUUGGAAUUAUUUGUGGAAAGUUUUAUAAGUAAUUGUCAAAUACCUCAUCCAAAUUUCCAGCUUGCUGCAACUAGUGCAAUAUAGUUUGGUUAACCUGGUUGAUUUAACAAUCAUCAGCUAUGCAUCCUCUUAGAGAGAGUGGUGUAGAAUCUGCAGCAACUGUAAUUUGUUUUGUUAGAAUUGCUUCAAAGAUUCUUAUUAUAUGAAGAAAGCUUAACUUCCUUGUAUUGCAUACUUUUCUUUCUCCUUGAGGUCUGCAUGUGUAACUCUACUACUAUAAGAAGAAAUUUGUCUUACACAAACA